CUGAUGUUGCUUGUAUCGGAUGAGAAGGAAGAGAGGAGAGAGAAAAGCACGGUUUACGGAAAGAAAGAUACGCUAAAAGCGCCUCGUUCUCACGGAUCCCAAGACAGAGGGCAACAUCAUCGAAAUACCAUCAAUUGCAUAUUUUGUCCCAAGGAAACCGCAGAAUGAUGAAAUCGGGACCGGCAAACGUGGAGACGGGAAGAGAGGGAGAGAUGAUGCUGUGAUAUGCACGCAGACAGUGAGGGAGGGAAAGAGCGAGCAAGAGAGGGAGGGGGAGAGUACUACGCUAGCUGAAGAUGCUCGUUAUACUAGAAACGCGAUUUAUUCCACAAAACCAGCUGAACUGGGCCUAGGUAAAGAUAUCGAUUGUUUUAUUCAAGAAAGCAACUUUUAAAAAGUGGGUAUAUUAAAAUACGGACAGUUGUUCGGAGUGCACUGGUGUAGCCUUAAAGAAUACGGUGCGGAGGGUUGUUUUGUUACAAAAUUCUAUUUAUUUCCAUGUCUCAGACCUAUAAUGUAACAUAGUUUGCAUAGAGUGCAGUAUAUUAAAUGCACGUGUGUUUGAAAUAAUUUAAAAUUAGCUGUUGAUUAAAAAUAAGGGGCAGGCAACCACAGAGUAAGCUGGAGAGAGAAAAAGGUGGAGGGAGGGUGAAAUAUUUCUUGGUAAACGGAUAAAUACGCGUUUUCCCACAUGUAGUUAUUAGCCUAUAUUAUUAAAUAAUUAAACCUUACAGCGAUAUCUAACAUUCUACAAAAACCGACGAGCGCACAAGCCGCUAGUUGUAAUUGUAUUUGAUUAAUAGGUCCUUUCGAGGUUGAUAGCCUUGUAGCUAUUCUUGUGAAUAAUAAUAAUUAUUUUUAGUUACUGUUACCGGUCUCAUAUUUAAUUUUUGGAUUGUGCGCAUCGUUUUAUUAUUUUGUUUAAUUCCACAAACGUGUAUCCCUCCCCUUCCACCUCUCUCCCCGUUCCCCUUUCCUCCCCUCCUUCCUGUUUCCAUCGGCCCUUUAAAUCUUAUUUACCAAAAUAAAUCGUGUAUUUACAUUUUCAAUUAGUCGAGCCGUAUAUCGCUUACACAGCACAGCAAAUCUGAAAAAAAGUGCGAAUGCGCUGCGGAAUAUGUGUUAUAUGCUAACCACAAAUAAUAAAGUGCAAAGGAGUAGGCCACAAAAUUGACAUCACUACUACAACCUCUCCAUCUCUCACUGUUGAAUCGCUAUCGUUUGUAAUGUCUUUGCGGUGCCGUUGCGCGUACAGGACGGAUAGUUGUAAAUUCCUCUUGAAAAUAUUGUAGUUCAUCGUUAUUACUGUCCUGUAAUUCGUAAACAAUUGCACAGUAUGUCCAGUAAGGAAUUAUCGGGGAGUCAGUCGGCUCAGUAUGUUGGGCCUUACCGAUUGGAGAAGACGCUGGGGAAAGGGCAGACAGGGUUGGUGAAGUUGGGAGUUCACUGUAUCACAGGACAGAAAGUAGCUAUCAAGAUAGUUAACAGAGAGAAACUGUCAGAGUCCGUGCUGAUGAAGGUGGAGAGGGAGAUUGCUAUUCUGAAGCUUAUAGAGCAUCCACAUGUGUUGAAGCUGCAUGACGUCUAUGAGAAUAACAAAUAUCUGUAUCUGGUGUUGGAGCAUGUAUCCGGUGGGGAGCUCUUUGACUACCUGGUGAAGAAGGGUCGACUGACUCCUAAAGAGGCCAGGAAGUUCUUCAGACAGAUCAUCUCAGCGCUGGACUUCUGCCACAGCCACUCCAUCUGUCACAGGGACCUGAAGCCUGAGAACCUCCUAUUGGAUGAGAAGAACAACAUUCGAAUUGCUGACUUCGGCAUGGCCUCGCUGCAGGUGGGGGACAGUCUCCUGGAGACCAGCUGUGGAUCUCCACACUAUGCAUGUCCAGAAGUUAUCAGGGGUGAGAAGUAUGAUGGCCGAAGGGCAGAUGUGUGGAGCUGUGGGGUCAUCCUCUUUGCCUUGCUGGUGGGCGCCCUCCCCUUUGACCAUGACAACCUGAGGCAGCUGCUGGAGAAGGUGAAGAGCGGGGUGUUCCACAUGCCCCACUUCAUCCCGCCAGACUGCCAGGCCCUGCUGAAGGGCAUGAUCGAGGUCAACCCCGACAAAAGGCUCACGCUAGAAGCAAUACAAAAACAUUCUUGGUAUCUCGGGGGCAGGAACGAGCCCUGUCCUGAACAGCCGCCCCCCAGGAGGGUGUGCGUGAAGCGCAUCCUGUCCCUCACCGAGCUGGAUCCCGACGUGCUGGAGAGCAUGCACUCGCUGGGCUGCUUCAGAGACAGGGUGAAGCUCACGCGAGACCUGCAGACCGAGGAAGAAAAUCAGGAGAAGAUGAUUUAUUACCUCCUGCUUGAUCGGAAAGAGCGAUACCCCAGCUGUGAGGAUGAAGACCUGCCCCCCAGAAAUGACAUAGCAGACCCGCCCCGGAAGCGUGUGGACUCCCCAAUGCUGACCCGCCACGGUCGCUGUCGCCCGGAGAGGAAGAGCCUGGAGGUGCUGAGUGUCACGGAACAGGGCUCCCCGACUCCCCCUCGCCGAGCCCUGGACACUGCAGCUCACAGCCAGAGGUCUCGCUCAGUCAGUGGAGCUUCCACCGGUCUCUCCUCCAGUCCCCUCAGCAGUCCCAGGAGCCCAGUUUUCACUUUCAGCCAAUCAGAAGUCACUUCUGCCACAGCCACCCAGUCUAAGGACCCCAAACCAGGAAGUUCCACCACUCCCCGGGCCGCCCAACGUGCACCCGACCAAAAAACUCAAACUCUGCCUACCAAAGCCCCCUCUGAUCGCCCUCACCUCCAGUCCAUGAAGUCCCUCCCGCUCCAAACGCCACGCUCCCCAUCCCCAUCUCCCUCCCCUAUCCUCUCCCCCAUCCCUCGCUUUUUCUUCUUCCCUGCUCCCUCAGUUCUCAAGUCUGUCACCAAGACCAUGUAUCCUAACUCUGGCCAUCCUAACACUGUGUCACAGGUUACUCCCCAGGGCUCUCCUCUGCCCACCCCACUUGGUACCCCUGUCCACCACCCCCAGCAUUCCCAGCACUCCCCAACCCCUCCCUCCUCGUCCUCCUCCUCCUCUUCUUCGCGGGCAGAGGGGGGAGGAGUGGGUGGUGGAUCCCUCUCCCUCACCCCGCCCUCCAGUCCUGGCGGUGGGGGCAUGGCGGCUAGCAGCUCCGCCCACUGGAGGACACGCCUCAACUCCUUCAAGAACAACCUGCUGGGGUCUCCCCGCUUCCACCGCCGCAAGCUACAGGUCCCAACAUCAGAGGACAUGUCCAGCCUGACUCCAGAGUCCAGUCCAGAGCUGGCAAAGAGGUCCUGGUUCGGCAACUUUAUCAGUCUGGAGAAGGAGGAGCAGAUCUUCGUGGUGAUCAGGGACAAGCCCCUCAGCUCCAUCAAGGCUGACAUUGUCCACGCGUUCCUCUCUAUCCCCUCCCUCAGUCACAGUGUCAUCUCCCAGACCAGUUUCAGAGCAGAGUACAAGUCCUCUGGAGGCCCCUCUGUCUUCCAAAAGCCUGUCAAGUUCCAAGUGGACAUCGCCUUCUCCGAGGGAGAGAGGGAGCGAGAGAGAGAGAGAGCAGAGAGGGAGGGCAGGAGAGAGACUGGCAUCUACAGCGUGACUUUCACUCUCAUAUCGGGUCCCAGUCGCAGGUUCAAGAGAGUGGUGGAGACGAUCCAAGCCCAACUGCUCAGCACUCACGAUCAGCCCUCUGUGCAAGCCCUCGCCGACGAAAAGAACGGGCAGCUCUCCUCUCGCCCCCCCGGCACCCCCACCCGGCAGAACUCACGGCGUUCAGAGGGAGGAGGGGACAGGGGCGAGCGAGGUGAACGAGGGGACGGGGGAGGAAUAGGAGGAAGUGGAGGCGUGUUGCAGCGCAAAGGGUCAGGAAAAGACAGGACCAGGCUCCUGUCUUCCAACGGAACACAGUCCCAACCCUGAGAAGGAAACAAUUUCAUCCUCCAUCUUGGACUUUGCUCCAGUGAAGCAUACUAGCAUCAAAGUCAUCAAAACUUCAUUUCGAACCCAUUCAUUCAAAGGGAACAAUGGGAAAUGCUGUUAUUAAUUUAAUAGAAAACACGUAUAUCCCCAAGAAGAAGAAAAGUACUCAUGUUCAGAAAAGAAGAUGCUAAAUUCAGUGUAAUGUAUUACAGCCAUGGAUUUGUUCUCUACAGUAGUAACUUCUGGAAGAAUAAGAAAUCAUAAUGCAAAUAAAGUAAGUAAUGGACUGCCAUUGGGGAAUAAGUCGAUUGCAAUGGCAAAAGUGUCAUACGCUAAACUACUGGAAACGGACAACCAGAAUCCAAUCUGCAGGGGAACAAAAUGCAUGCUAAAUAAGCUGUGGAUGCAAAUAGAGAAACAUUUGCCUGCCCUGGGGAUGUUCAAAAUUGAGUUUUAAGGUUUUUUUUGUUUACCAUGUCGCUGUUUUGCAAACUGGCUGUGGGACCUCCUGGCUGUGGAAAAGACCGCAUCUCACAGAUUAAACAAUGAAUUAGUAUGGCGGUUCACUGCUUCAACUGUGCGAGGAAGAGAGGAGGUAAUGUCGUUGAAUCAGAACCAUCUCUGGUUAUAAGGCUACUGGAAUGGGCCCCAAAGAAGACAGGGCUCUUCCCCAGAAGGAAGAUCCCAACAGCUAAUAACAUGAAGAAAUCCAGUAAACCAAGGUAGAAAGCUCUAUCUUCUCUUGUGAAUGAAUCACUCAAACAUAUGAAACCAAUGAACGCUCUCAUUUCAGAAAUUGAGGAAGGGAGUAAAGAAGUAAAACAUGGAUGUAACUAGCAAUUAAAUGAAACAUAGUUAAGUACCAAACCUGACAUACCGUAAAAAAGAAUGAUCAAACUCUACUGUAAAGAUAGAUAUAUGCCAGCCAGCUGAUAAACACCAAAAAGUCAAGUUGUAAAAUAAUCAUUGAGGCAGAGAAUUCAAAAUUUUAACCAGACCAAAUUUGUCUUACCAACCAGGGUGUUGUCAAAAGACUUGGGCAAAAGGUUGAAUUAAAAAAAAAACAUGCAAAGUCCAAAAGCAAGUUAAUCCAAGCACUGUUAAAACCCUGAGGCAAAAGAAAUAGAAUCUGACCAAGGCUGCUUAAAUAGGUCUGUUCUCUUAAAUAAGAUUAAACACGCUCAAUCUCAUUCUAAGAUGGUGUUCAAAAAUGCAGAAUCUCCAGUACAAAACUGCUAAAGGAGGGGCCGGUGGGUUGAGGCCAUUUCCAAGGAAUUCCUCCACAAAUGACAUGAUAUGAAAGGAAGCAGAUGGGAAAAAUGAACACCUGAGCUUGCUACGAGCCCAUAAAAUAACUAAUAACAGAAACAAAGACUCUUGAAAGGAGUGUAAGGGAAACACUAAAACUGAACAUUCCUAAAAAGGGAAAGAAAGUUGCUUAAAAAAAUGGAAUUCAACAAUUUUUGGUUGAUUUUCUUCAUCAUUUGAGCAGAACUAAAUGAAAUGUUCCUUAAAUAAGGAAAGAGCAAACCAAGUGAAUGUCAAAAACUAUUUUAAAUGUAUUUAUAUAUUUAAUUUAUUUAAUCUUAUUUAUUUUAA